AAAUAAUAGGCAUAUACUUACAAGAAAAAGAACUAAAAUGAAAUAAAUUUCAGUGUAAUGGAAGGAGAAAAGAUAGAGAUGGAGGGAGGGGACGGCGAUACAAAGAAACGAGUUGAAGAAAGUAGCGAGUCUGCAGGUGGGGUCAUCAAGACCUUCAUUUCCGCCUUUGUCUCCGGCGGCGGUGGGACAAAGGAAAAAGAAGAAGAAGAGACGGAGGGGAAUAAUAUUAUUGAUGCAGCCGAUGAUCACGAAGGCGGCCGAAGCGGAGGAGAAAGAGGAGGAGGAAUCAACAGUUUGAUUUCUAACUUCUUCAACCAAAGUGAAGCCGUCUCGGGAGACGAUGGGGAGGAGGAGGAGAAGAGGAGCCACGUGGAUGAUGACAAGGAUAAGAGCAGUGAUAUGGACGGUAGAGGCGGAGGAGGGGAUGUGCAGCUAAAUGACCACGGCGGCAGCGGCGGCGUUAUAAUAGAUAGUAUUAUUUCGCACUUGCCAAAUCCUCUCUCGGCAGAAGGCGUUGCACCGGAAACAGAAGAGGCGUCUAUGUUGAUCCAUUCAAUUAUCCGCGACUAGCGGUGGUGACUUACCACCAUCGAUCUCUACCGGCCGUCACGGGUUCACGGCAUUAAGUCUUUGAAUUUUGCAUUACAAUUAUUGAAGAUUCUACUCAUCCUUUUAACAUCAAUUUGCAGUACACCAGAAUAAUAAUAUGGAGCAUGGGUUUUUAAACUUGUUUUAAACUUCUAACUAAUUGAUUAAGAAUUAUCUACCUUGUGAUGUACUACGUAUUACUCCUUCCGUAUCAAAUUAAUUGACCCACUUUCUCUUU